AUGGCGGUCCCCCAGAGGACGCUGAACUGGCUGUACUCAGUACUAACCAAGGACCACCACGACCCCAAACAGACCUACCACGAUCCCAACCGUACCUACCACGACGUUGCCAACGGGCUGGCUCAAUACCCCUCACUCUCUCCUCGCACAGAUGUAUACACCUACGAGAAUGGGUUCUCAGCUCUCCUCCUCCACCUUGUGGGCACGCUGCCUGUUGCCUUCCGGGGCACGACCUACCGAUUUCCAAUCGCGCUUUGGAUACCAAAUACCUACCCUCGCGAACCUCCGAUCGUAUAUGUGACUCCUACCCAAGAUAUGGCUGUUCGCGUGGGCCAGCAUGUUACGCUAGAGGGGCGGGUGUACCAUCAUUAUCUGGCUCACUGGGCCGAGGCAUGGGAUAGAUCAACCAUUUCUGAUCUUCUCUCCGUUCUCCGAGAGAUAUUCGCGAAAGAACCCCCGGUUCGAUACCGACAACAGAUGCCACCUCAGCCUCAACCACAAGAGACCCAGACACCUCCACCAUUGCCGCCUCUUCCGCCUGGCAUGAGGGCUUCAGUGAAUCAUUCUUCAAGUCCUGCCCAUCCACAAUCUCCUAAUCCGCCAAUACAAAGUCCCCCACAGCUCCCACCUAAAGUUAGUCCAGGCGCUGAACACACAGAACAGCAAACGCAGACCGCGGAUCGAUAUCGAUCUCCCCCACCACUACCUCCACACCCACCGAAAGAGAAUAGACCUUCGCAAGUAUCCAUGCCGGCGACAACACAUGGGACCCCCUUGUCAGCUCAUGCGCAUCAGGGCCAGCAGAAUAUAUAUCACAGAAAUGCUAGCGGACCAGCAAGUCCUAGAUCAUCUCAGCAAGUGUCACUUCCUCGCCAAGAUGGCCCACUGCCUGGGCCUCAAGGGCUCCCGCAGCAACAACCGUACCGCCAGCCAGUGCCACCGUCUCAGCACCCGGGUUACCAACCUCAGCCCUCUCAACAACCCAUAAGCGGGCCACCGUAUCCUAUACAAUCUCCUCAUCCAUCGAGCUACCAAAGACCCCCCCCUGCUGCACCUGCCCCCAAGCAAGAGCCACCAGAUCUCCUCACAUCUCCUUUCGAGGUCGAGCUUCCCUCAUUUACUCCCACCGGGCCUGCACCGCCAAUCCCACCAAAUCCCGAGAAAGACGCCCUGUUGCAUGCAGUCUCGCAAGCCCUCACUGAGACACUCCACAGCCACGCCACGCAAACCGAUACUGCCGCCCAAUCCCUCGCCUCGCAGUCGUAUUCCCUGCAAGCCGCGCUAGCUACCCUCCAAGGCGAACUGACAGCCCUCAACACCCUCCACACCACCCUCCAGUCCAACACUACCGUUUUGCAACAGUCCAUCCACCGCGCCGACGCCACCAUCGCUGACGCCCAAACCCGCACGUCUGCCCCAUCCUCAUCCACCACCUCCGCAGACCUGCCCUCCGGCCUGCCCCCUAUAGACGACGUCCUCGUUGCCCCGACUGUCGUCGGCAAGCAGCUCUAUGAUCUGGUCGCCGAGGAGCAGGGUCUUCAGCACGCGUUGUACGCGCUGCAGGCUGCGUUGGUGCGUGGCGUGAUUGGCGUCGAUUCCUGGUCACGGCACACGCGCGGCCUCGCACGCGAGGCGUUCCUCAAGCGCGCGCUUAUCCGCAAGAUCGGGCGCGGUAUGGGCCUGGAGGAGACUACUACCUGA